CUUCGGGUAAUUAAUCCAGAGCGCAAGUCAACCACCUUCGAGGCGUCCAUCCUGCCAUUUCGCACAGACAACAGCACUUCACGUCGUCGUCCACACCACAAACCAUCACAAUGUCGACCGCCGAACUCGCCUCCUCAUACGCCGCUCUCAUCCUCGCGGAUGACGGUAUUGAGAUCACUGCCGACAAGCUACAGACCCUGAUCAAGGCUGCCGGUGUCAUCGAUGUUGAGCCUAUCUGGACACAACUUUUCGCCAAGGCUCUUGAGGGCAAGGAUGUAAAGGAGCUGCUCUCUGCCGUCGGCUCCGGUGGCGGCGCUGCUGCUGGCCCUGCUGGCGGUGCCGCCGCUGGUGGUGCUGCCGCUGCCGAGGAGGCCCCUGCUGAGGAGAAGGAAGAGGAGAAGGAGGAGUCUGACGACGACAUGGGCUUCGGUCUUUUCGACUAAAUUCAUUCCGCAACGACGACUUAACUUCCCUUUGUACUUCAAAUGCAUGGUUCGGGGUUCCAUACACCAUUGGUGUGGCGUGAAGGAGGCACUACUAUGUCUGCCUAGGAGCAAAUAUCCUUCUGUCAUAGGUUAAUAUGACAAAAUGCUUUCGCAAAUGACCAUUUAUUCAGCGGUCUUUGUAGAGCUCAGUACGCGGCUA